CAUAAUAGCCUACAAGUCAACAGGAAGAAAAGUCAAAUUCCUUUUUCAUUAGCGUCGUUUACGAUUUCAGUGUGAAAUAAUAUUUUGACACGUAAUUUGGUGACUGAAAUGCGAAAAAUGACGCCACCCGGGAGAUGUUAGGCUCUGUGAAGCGGGGAGGGGGAUAGAUGAGAUCUGGCAACCCAUAAGCUAAUUGCCCAAUGAUCUCGAUAGCGUAAGUAUGAAACACCCCCUACGAGCUUACGCACGGACACUCCAACUUCUGCGCUGGUAAUCGUGUCACGCGUUUCCUGCGGGGGGCCACUGACAAGCGAAGGACAUCGGCGGGCCGACAUGUCGUGGCAGGUGAACACUGCGUGAAGUAGGAUGAAUGAUCGAGCCGAGAUGAGAGGGCCUGGCGCCCGCGCAAGGAGGACGACAAUUUCUGACGGCGUGAAGCAGCAAUCCAACGGGAGCAAACCGCCGCCGUGUCCCGGUAAGAAGACGGACGAGUCGGCCAGGCGUCUGAACAGCAACGGAAAGGUGGAGAGAGAACCGGGUCAACAGCGCGCAGAUAAGCAGAAAAAACCAAAGAGUCCGGUGGACGAAAUCAGCGAGGGACUCAGCUGCCAUGUACAACAGGAGUCUCUUCUAAGCUCUGCCAGUGGCUUCAGUAACUAUAGAGGAAUCCUCAACUGGUGUGUUGUCAUGUUGGUCUUGAGUAAUGCGCGUCUCUUCCUGGAGAAUAUAAUAAAGUAUGGCAUCCUGGUAGACCCCAUACAGGUGGUCUCACUAUUCUUGAAAGACCCCUACAGCUGGCCAGCUGCCUGCCUCAUCAUUGCAUCCAACGUGUUCAUUUUGGCAGCCUUGUAUACGGAGAGACGUUUGGCUGUGGGAACAGUGUCAGAAACAACUGGCUUGAUUCUUCAUAUAUUCAACUUGACGUCACUGCUGAUUUUUCCCUCCGUGACGGUCCUCACCGUCACCUCCGUUACCCCCGUUGGCGGUAUCCUCUCCUUGGGCGUCUACACGGUGUUGUUCCUCAAGCUGUACUCCUACCAGGACACCAACAGGUGGUGCCGGGAGAUCAGACAAGCCAAAGCCAGGAGACUGACUCGCUCUUAUUCAUGUCCAUCUGUGGCUCAGUUCAAUGGCUCAGCCGUGCACAGCAAUGUCUCCUACCCUGGGAAUCUCACCCACAGAGACAUGUACUACUUUGUGUUUGCGCCGACGCUCUGCUACCAGCUCAACUUCCCGCGCUCGCCCCGGAUACGCAAACGCUUCCUCCUGAGGAGGCUCUUCGAAAUGCUGUUCUUUAUGCAACUGCUGGUGGGGUUAAUCCAGCAGUGGAUGGUUCCGACCAUACGGAACUCCAUGAAGCCCUUCCAGGAAAUGGACUUUUCUCGAAUGGUGGAGCGCCUUCUCAAGUUGGCGGUCCCCAACCAUCUGAUCUGGUUAAUCUUUUUCUAUUGGUUCUUCCACUCGUCCAUGAACUUUGUGGCCGAGCUGCUACAGUUUGGGGACCGAGAGUUCUACAGAGAUUGGUGGAACUCUGAGAGCGUCACCUACUUCUGGGCCAACUGGAACAUCCCGGUUCACAAGUGGUGUUUGAGACAUUUCUACAAGCCGCUGCUGAGGAGAGGCGUCAACAAGCUGGUGGCCCAAAGCGCCGUCUUUCUGCUAUCCGCGUUCUUCCACGAGUAUUUGGUGAGCGUCCCUUUGAAGAUGUUCCGACUCUGGGCCUUUAUGGGCAUGAUAGCUCAGGUUCCCCUGGCUUGGUUCGUGGGUCGCUUCCUGAAUGGCAUCUACGGCAACGCAGCCGUUUGGAUGUCGCUCAUCAUCGGCCAACCGGUCGCCGUGCUGAUGUACGUGCACGACUACUACGUCACGCACUGCGGCACAUAGCCUGGACCAAACCAACUCGGAGGUCCUAUUUUCAAUCAAUGGCCAAAGAUGGGGAACAUGAAGUCUGAAGGGGGGUGGGGGGGGGGGGGUCUAACAAGCAAAACGAACAUUUUCUCAACUUCAAACAAUGCAAGCUUCAAAGUAUGUGUAAUAAUCGAUGACAUCUGUGUCUAUGUUGUGUUGCCUUCCAAGUUUUGUGUAUCACCUCUGCAAUAAUGUUCCAUUGUUGAAAUCAACAGUUUUUCAGGUUGUUUUGGUGAUUUGCUGCAGAGGUUGAACAACCGGCAAAUGCUUUUGCACUUUACACAGAUGCAUGCUCUCAAAUUGAAACAUAAUAUUUCUAUGAAUGUUUAUUUGUUUUCGCCAUCCAUUUUACACAAUAAAGCAGUGUUUCCUAA